CCUUCAAGGCGGCGCAGCGCACAGCACUCACCAACACUGACGUCAGCGAACCAGCCGCGCACCGGCUGCCCGGAGCAAUAAGGACAAUGUCCGCCCCGGCCCCUUCUCCCCUCGCGAGCACAAUCAAAGCGCUCACGUUCGACAUCUUCGGCACGGCCGUCGACUGGCGCACGUCCAUCACCGACGCCCUCGCCACCGCAGCCGCGGCCAAACUCACCUCCUCGUCGUCGCCGUCGUCGUCGUCCGCCGCUCUCCCGGCGCCCGUGCUCGCCAAGCUGCAGACCCUGACGCCGGCGUCGUGGGCGCUCUUCGCGGCGCAGUGGCGCGCCGCCUACGGCGCCUUCACGAGCACCUUCGACCCGGCGGCGCAGCCGUGGAAGGACGUGGACGGGCACCACCGCGAGAGCCUGGCGCGGCUGCUGGGCGAGUGGGGCCUCGGGGGCCUGUACACGGACGGCGAGAUGGCCGAGCUGAGCCGCGCGUGGCACUUCCUGCGCGCGUGGCCGGACAGCGCGGCGGGGCUGCGGCGGCUGCGCGGCGCGGGCUUCGCCACGGCCAGCCUGUCCAACGGCAACCGCGCGCUGCUGCGCGACCUGGACGCGCACGCGGCGCUGGGCCUGGACAGGCUGAUCUCGGCCGAGGACUUUGGCGCGUACAAGCCGCGGCCCGAGGUGUACCGCGGCGCGUGCGAGGCGCUGGGGUUGGAGCCGCGGCAGGUGGCAAUGGUGGCCGCGCAUCUGAAGGAUUUGGAGGCCGCGCGGGGAGUGGGCAUGCGCACGGUCUAUGUGGCGCGGCCGGGUGAGGAGGAAUGGAAGCCGGAGGAAGAGAGGUAUGCGCGGGCGCGGGAGUGGGUGGAUGUGUGGGUGGCGGAGGGCGAGGGCGGGUUUGAGGAGUUGGCGAGAAGGCUUGGGGCUUGAUGGGAGAGAGAAGAGAGAUGAAAUUGGCGGUCCUGUCUGCUUGGUGGCUGAUUCAUCCGGCUUGAGAGCUUCUGGUUGUUCCAGGUUGCUUGAGAAGCGGCAUGACUCGAACCUUGAGUCUCAUUGGCCGGCGCUGUAAGCUCACGGCGCAGGUAGGUCGGCGAGCGCCUCGGUGACUUCUCUCGGUUAGACACUCGUCCCGGUGCUUCCUCGACAAUCGGUGACAACGGAUAUCAUCCCACGCUUAUGAGACAGAUAUAAAACACGGCGAGUGCUCGUCUGAACAAUGGGAACGAGAGUCGCUGCCACGU